AUUAUACUUUUUUGUGGACCCCUCCCAAACCCCCGAAUUAAACACCUCAAAAAAUGGCAAAUUUUAUUAUGACCCUUAAAAUAAAACAAAGAAAGAAAAAAAGAAAAAAAAAAUUUUGCGGAACAGAAAGUAAAAACAGAAACACAGUUCGCGGGGGUGGCUGGUGGGGGCUUCACGCUCCAGCAACGGUAAAAAAAAAAAAAAAGAGAAAGGAAAGGGGAGAAAAACAAGAAAAUCUCUGGAAAAUUUUGUAAGAAAAUAAAACAAAACUUGAAGCUCCCCAUUGCAGAGAGCGAGAGAGAGACCAAAGAUGGUCGAAGAGAAGGAAUUACCGCUCUGAGAUCAUCCUGUGAAAAAGGGCAGCAAUAGAAAAAAAUUUAUGGGAUUUUUUAUUUCAGUUUUGUUAUUUCAAAUUCCAAAUUUUUACAUAUUUUUUUCUUUGCUGCCUUUUUGAGUCUCUAUCAGAAGCCUCCUCUCCACCACCACCCCCACCAGUCAACAAACAAUCCUACUUUUUUGUACUUUUCAUUCGUUCAGACAAAAUCCCAAUAUUACCAUUGCAACAAUAGCGUCAAAGAAACGAAAAAGUUUUGAUUUUGUGCACCCUUGAUGAUUCUUUGGAGAUUGAAAGGAGAAGUUAAGUUCCAGCUGUUGAUAAUUCACAUGCACUUGUCAAAAAGGGUGUUGUAAGAUCAAAUAGAAAAACAGAAAAAAUGAGAGAACCUGAUGUGAUCAUCACCAAAGGCGGUGAAUUUACGUUUCUUUGUAAUAUAGUUUUGUAGUAAAAAGAAAAAAAAAAAAAAAUCAUUGUUCCACGUUUUCUUGUAAAACAAAGCGAACGUAGAGAUUGUUUUGUUAUUGUUGUUGGCGGUGUUGUUUCGUGUUGUAGAGUGAGUUUGAAAGAGGGGGUGCUUUUGUAUUAGGAAAACCUGGCGAUUUUGUGUAGCGCCCUGGCUGUUGGCGGAUAUCUUUGCUACCUCCACCACUGCAGCAUUUAGCUUAUCAAGCAAUGGGGGGUAGAUGGAAUGCAAUUGGAUUUCAUUUGUUAAGCUUCUUGUUCUCGAUCCCAAGUUUCAUGAUUCGAGAGUCUUUGGCUAUUAACUCUGAUGGUUUAGCUUUGUUAGAAUUGCGAGCGAGAAUUGAAUCUGAUCCUUAUGGUGCGUUGGCAAAUUGGAAUUCCAACGACAGCACACCAUGUAUGUGGUUGGGAGUUCAUUGUGUCGACAGUAAAGUGCAAAUGCUGGAUUUGAGUGCCCUUUCUUUGAAAGGAACAUUGGCGCCUGAGCUGGGGAAAUUAAGUGACUUAAGAUCACUUGAGCUCUAUAAAAACCAUUUCUCUGGUGCCAUUCCAAAGGAGUUCGGAGAGCUUACAAAGCUCGAGCUAUUGGAUUUGAGGGAAAAUAACUUGGGUGGAACAAUUCCAGCUGAGAUAGGCAAAAUGCUGUCUCUAAAACGCUUGUUAAUUUGUGACAACAAAUUUGAGGGCAGCAUUCCUUCAGAUCUUGGCAGGCUAAACAUGCUCUCUGAACUGCGGUUUGAUGAAAAUCUUAAAUUGAUAUUGGCUACUGGAAUUUGCCAUGUAAAUAGAAAGUUUGGACUAUGCAUAUGGCAGAGUGGUUUGAAACAACUGAACAGAACAGGAUCAUUGUUCAUCCCAAUUAAAGGAGCUCUUAUACGUUACCACAAUGCCUUGCCAUUACCAUGGUUCAAGUUGCAAAAAGAUUCUCUGGCUGAGCAUAAUGAUAGCUUCAGCGGUGAUGUGCCUGUAGGUUCAUCUGAGCAACAAAUGGCCCAUAACAUAGGGAAUCUUGUCCCUUUUGCACGUCGUAGGCUGCUUGAGCAGUUGAAAAACCUCCCAGCUGCAUCUGCUGCUGCUGUGUCUUCAACUGAACAGAUCAUUUCUAUCCCAACUACCAGAAGUAGUGGGACCUUCCCCGCUGUGCCACAAGGAGCAAAGAAACAGUCUCCUGCACCACCACCAUUGAUUGAUCCUCCUCUUCCAGCGACUAAUUCAAAGCCUGCUGACCAGUCAUCCCAAACGUCUAAUGCAGAUUCAACUGCUCAACAACCUUCUGCUUCUGGGGAUUUAUGGAAAUAUCUUAUCUCCAUUCCCUGUGUGGUCCUCUUGCUUGCAGUUGUGGCCACGGUUAUGAUGUGUAGGAAACGAGCAGCAAAAUCCAUAGGUCCCUGGAAAACUGGACUAAGUGGACAGCUGCAGAAAGCUUUUGUUACAGGGGUGCCUAAGCUAAACCGAUCAGAACUGGAAACAGCCUGUGAGGAAUUUAGCAAUAUAAUUGACACAAUUGACGGUUGUAAAAUGUAUAAAGGGACACUUUCCAGUGGGGUUGAGAUUGCUGUGGCAUCAGUCAGCGUUUCAUCUUUAAAAGAGUGGUCAAAGAACUCAGAGAUGGCCUAUCGAAGAAAGAUUGAUAAAUUGUCACGAAUUAACCAUAAGAACUUUGUCAACCUUAUUGGCUACUGCGAGGAGGGUGAACCUUUCAGCAGGAUGAUGGUCUUUGAAUAUGCUCCGAAUGGAACCAUUUUUGAGCAUCUGCAUGUUAAAGAAAUGGAACAUCUUGAUUGGAAUGCAAGGUUGAGAAUCAUCAUGGGUGUAGCAUACUGUCUUCAGUAUAUGCACCAUGAUCUGAAUCCUCCUGUAGCUCAUCCAAAUUUAUGUUCAACUGCUAUCUUUCUAACAGAUGAUUAUGCUGCAAAGGUUGCGGAAAUUGAUAGUAUACGGGCUGCACCUAAGUCAAAAACCUCAGGUGAUGAUGAAUCUCAGCAUUCUGAAUUGCCACCUUUUGUUGAUCCAGAAGUGAAUGUCUACAGUUUUGGCAUAUUGUUACUUGAAAUCAUUUCUGGAAAGCUUCCUUACUCGGAUGAGCAAGGGCCUCUUGAGAAAUGGGCCGCUCAAUAUUUGAGUGAUAGACGGAGUAUCAGCUACAUGAUUGAUCCAACCCUCAAAUCUUUCAAAAAUGAUGAGCUUGAUGUAAUCUGCGAGGUUAUACAAGAGUGCAUCCAAACAGAUCCAAGACAAAGACCAACAAUGAAGGAUGUCACUUCCAAAUUGAGGCAAGUGAUUAAUAUCCCACCUGAGCAAGCUACCCCAAGACUUUCCCCCUUGUGGUGGGCGGAACUUGAGAUUUUAUCAAUGGAGGCAAUCUAAUUUUUUUGCUACUCUCUUCUCUGUGUUGUUAGUCAAGUCUCUCUCUUUCUCUUACUUUGUAUCAAAAUGGAAAGGAAUAGCUUUUUCCUCCUUGCCCCCCCCCCCC